UGCCACGACUCCAUCAUUCAUAAUCAAGAAAUAGAGAGAAGGUGUGCGCCAAAAUCAAGAGAGGGAGAGAAUGAGCGGCGGAGCAGCGAAGACUGUUUGCGUCACCGGCGCCUCUGGAUACAUAGCUUCUUGGAUUGUUAAAUUUCUUCUCCAACGAGGUUAUACCGUCAAAGCCAGUGUUCGAGAUCCAGCUGAUCCAAUCAAAACUGCGCAUCUUCUCGCACUGGAUGGAGCUGCUGAGAGGCUUCAUCUGUUUAAAGCCAACCUCCUAGAGGAAGGUUCCUUUGAUUCUGCUGUUGAGGGUUGUGAAGGGGUUUUCCAUACUGCUUCUCCCUUCUUUCACAAUGUUUCAGAUCCUCAGGCUGAACUUAUUGAUCCUGCAUUGAAAGGAACACUGAAUGUUCUUAAUUCAGUUGCAAAAGCAUCGUCUGUCAAGCGGGUUGUUUUGACAUCUUCGAUGGCUGCGGUUGCUUAUAAUCGACAGCCACGUAAUCCUGAUACAGUAGUUGAUGAAACUUGGUUUACUGAUCCUGAGAUUUGCAAGGAACUGAAGCUUUGGUAUGUGCUGUCCAAAACUUUAGCUGAGGAGGCAGCAUGGAAUUUUGUAAGAGAGAAGGGAAUUGACAUGGUUACCAUAAACCCUGCAAUGGUUAUCGGUCCAUUAUUGCAGCCAACAUUGAAUACUAGUGCAGAAGCUAUUUUGAAAUUAAUAUCUGGAGCAGAAACUUUUCAGAACUCCACAUUUGGAUGGGUUAAUGUCAAAGAUGUUGCAAAUGCACACAUUCUAGCCUAUGAGAUCCCAUCAGCCAGUGGAAGAUACUGUUUGGUGGAGAAAGUUAUUCACUAUUCAGGAAUUGUCAAGAUUUUACAUGAUCUCUACCCUUCAUUGCAACUUCCUGACAAGUGUGCUGAUGACAAGCCGCAAGUACCGACAUAUCAGGUCUCGGUUGAGAAAGCAAAGGGCUUAGGCAUUGAAUUCAUUCCUCUUGAGGAAAGCCUGAAGGAAACUGUUGAGAGCUUGAAGGAAAAGAAAUUUAUCAGCUUCUGAGCCUUUUGGUGUCUGAGAGCCAUGAAAUCACUGUCAGGUCAUUGUUGUCAGAAGCUAAUUGUGUGAAUCUUCUUCUGGUUGAG